CUGAUGGAGAGGCCCUCAGAAGCUCCCCACAGUGGGGGCAGCCCCUGGAAGGGGGUCCUGAUCACAGCUUCCAUCCUCAGCUGCUGGAUCCAGGUGAUGUCUGCUCAAGGUGAUCCUGUCACUGUUGUGCCAAGGCCUCCUUAUGGCACAGUGGGCAGCAGUGUCACCUUAACCAUCCAGGGGCUCUCAGAGCAAGCUCUCAGCUAUUCUUGGUACAGAAAGUCAUUAGACUCUUCCAACCUCAUCGCCGUCUACAGUGUCUCUUCUGGAGUGCAGACACCAGCAGACAUCCGGGAGAAGGUGCUCCCCAAUGGCUCCCUGCUCCUCCCUGACCUCACCCUCAGUGACACUGAUGACUACAUUGUAGAAAUUGUUGAUCUUGGAGGCAAAAUAUCUGCAGUAGCACGAGGACAUUUAGUAGUGUAUGAAAAACUGGCCAAACCUAACAUCAAUGCCAACAGUACCAAUGUCAUAGAGAAUGACACUGUGGUCUUCACAUGUAGCACAAAAAAUGAGGGGAUCAACAUUCUUUGGUUCUUCAAUAACCAGCCGCUGUCACUAAAUGAGAGGAGGAAUAUGUCUCAUAACAACCAGACCUUCACCAUCAAGAAUGUGAAGAGGGAAGACACUGGGUCCUAUCAAUGUGAAGUCUCAAAUCCAUUAAAUUCCAAUAGAAGUGACCCCCUCACCCUGACUGUGAACUAUGGACCAGACCAUAUCAUUUGUCUCCCAAACCCUGAAAGUGGGGAGAUAGAGGUCAAAUUCAAAGACCAACUGACUUUAGUGUGUCAAGUUCAGUCUUACCCACCUGCCAAGUAUGACUAGAAAGUCAAUGACACAGUGAACUUUGACUUCUCUGGUAACACCUACAUCAUCAAAAACGCAUCUUGGGAAGAUUCAGGAAAGUAUACCUGCUUGACAAAGAAUGAUGUGACCAAUUUAUCAAUCUCUAAGGAUGCCCCAAUCAAGAUGGUUGAUAUGUCACCAGGAAAAGGUAAUGGCUCCUUGCUCUCUAGAGGUAUCAUUGCUGGUAUUGUGUUUGGAAUUCUAGCUGGAAAGGGUCUCAUCGGGGCCCUCAUCUAUUUCCUGUUCUUCAGAACAACUAAAAGAUUCUUCUGCAGCUUUUCUAUUCUCUUCAUCAAGGCAGAUGCAGAGAUGAGUGGAGGUGAGAACUCCAACUUGUAUGAGAACCCUUCUUGGACAAAAGGCUCAGCUCCAUCUGCACAGGACCUGGCCUCCUGCACUGCUUUUGAUGGAGUCCCAUCCGACAGUGCCUAUCAGGAAUCUUUGGCUCUAGACAACAUGAUUUCAAGGAUGGACCAGGAUAUCUGGGUCCACCAGAGGCAGGAGAAGCUGAUGUCAGUGGAAACCCCUACAAUGAAUGAAGAAAGCCAGUCCCAGAAGGCCAAUGACAGCUUCAGGGAGCAUGACUGCACAUGGCAGAAAGUGACUACUGUAUUUGACCACAUUCUUUCCACUGUCAAAUGA